AUGUGCCUCCUACCACAGCCCCAGAACGAGCACAUUGAGUUACAUCGCAAGCGCCAUGGCCAGCGCCUGGACCACCAGGAGAGGAAGAGGAAGAAGGAGAGCCGUGAGGCCCACGAGCGCUCACACAAAGCCAGGAAGAUGAUUGGUCUGAAGGCCAAACUCUACCACAAACAGAGGCACUCUGAGAAGAUCCAGAUGAAAAAGACGUAAGUACAGUAUAACCAUAGACGAGUAGUACACUACAGUAGAUCAACCAAUGGUCUCCUUUAUAGAGAGAAUAGUAUUGACUCUUAGGAUUUAGGUUCAGGGACAUGAUAGAUAUAAGAGGUUUAAUGUCCUAUUUUUAAAUGAAUUCCUUGGUUCUGACAUUGUAAUUAAGACAUCCUCUAGUAACUGCUAUCGUCCAAAUGUAUAUUGAAAUGGCAUAUGCCAUUGCCACCAAUCCAAAACGUUUGUUGACCUAUUGGUGCCAACACCACCUGUCUCACCACAGCCUCAAGAUGCACGAGCAGAGGAAGACCAAGCAGAAGAACGAUGACAAGACUCCUGAGGGAGCGGUACCAGCCUACCUGCUGGACAGAGAGGGACAGUCCCGCGCCAAGAUCCUCUCCAACAUGAUCAAACAGAAGAGGAAGGAGAAGGCUGUGAGUAUUCAAUGCCUUUCUUUUACUUGUUUGUGUUUUUGCCACCAUGUCCCACUGAAGACAGGUUAUAGUGUCUGGACAUAUGAUCUCAUAUAAAAGGGAACAACACCUAGAUGAACCCAAUCUGCAUGCAUUUUGCGUACCAUGCAAACUAUUUCAGGUCAAAGUACUUUGGUACGAAAAACUGAGCCAAUCAAGAGAACUUGGGCUAGGAGACAAAAUCUCUAGUUCUCUGCUCCGGCCCGUCCCCCGCUGUCGUAGUACUGUUUUCCUCCCUCGAGCUGGAUGGCAGCGCUGCACUUCGUCCGUUGAUACCACUGAUGUGUAAGGGAAAGGGUAGGGGAAAAUGGAGAAAUACAUUUUCCAAAAUUUUAUUAGUCAAGCACUUAACCACUAUUAUUUCGUAGUUAACUCCUUAGCUAAGGCGUCAUUACGACUAAGGUAGUUAGCUACAGCAUUUAGUCAACUAAGCGAGAACACUUUCUUGCCCGAACAUGCUUUGAUCUCCGCAACGGUAGUAGGUGCAUUGACGUGCAAGGAAACGUGCUGUGUUUGCGGUAGUUCAGUACGUGGAUGGAAACAGACCUGGCAGAGAGAGCUGUUCUGCUAAUACCGUCUUUCACAAAGUUUUGUUAGACUGUUAAUGAUUAGUAGGCCUAUGUUAAUUAAUCCGUUCUUGAUCUCUAGGUUUUAGGAAAUGGCAGUUACAGGUAAAUAUAAAAUUAAAAUAAAGCCAAAUGCUCCAACUUCCUGAGAGGGGAGUUGACUGACCCCAUCCGGACCUCCCACCUACUCAACCUUGUCAGAAAAUCCUAGGAAGAGCCCUGAUUGUACAUUUCAACAUAUUUCUAGUUAGCUACUGAAGAGAAGCCAAUUACCAAGAACCUAUAACAGUCUAUAGCCUACCAUUCCUACUGAGGCAGUUUUCUGCCAACAAAGGUGCAUUUGCCUAUGAUUUGAGCAGUGUGGGUGUUGCACGCCUGCCGUCUUGAGGUCCGGGGUUGCCGCCGCCGCACUGAAAUGGUACUCGUAAAAAUUAUUCAAGAUUGGCAGGUCUGCUAUUGUCAGAUUGUUUCAAAUGUCAAUGUAAUACUGUAUGGACUGUUUUCCUGCACACUCAUUAAACCUAGUCCUGGAUUAACAUGCACUUUCAAUGAAAUCGGUCCUAAGUGUGCAAAGCCCAAGCCAGUUUAGUUGAAAACCGGUGUCCUGAAAUGGUCUCUGAACUGGUCUUGUGUUUCUCCCUGUAGGGUAAAUGGGAGGUGCCCCUGCCCAAGGUUCGAGCCCAAGGGGAGACAGAGGUGCUCAAAGUAAUCCGUACAGGCAAGAGGCAGAAGAAGGCCUGGAAGAGGAUGGUCACUAAAGUGUGCUUCGUAGGCGACAACUUCACCCGCAAGCCUCCCAAAUACGAACGCUUCAUCAGACCCAUGGUAAGGAGGAUAGCAACACUACUCACUAGCAUACAGAGGUGUUAGAUAGCAGUGUUAGAUUGAAACUCUAUGUAAACACCCUCGUUAUCACUGUGUGAACAUCAGAGUAACUUUGACUACAUUUUUGUCAUUUAGCAGACUACUAUCUAGAGAGACUUAGUUACAACCAGUGCAAUCAACUAAAUUAGUUAAAACAACCUAAAUUGACUUACUGACUUAAACCUUUUUGCUCUUUGGGGAAGCAUAGGUCAUUCACAAACUUCCUCCAGCGGGUUUGAGGUAAAUAAAUGUCCCACCAUCCUCUGCCCUUCCUUCUCUCCAGGGUCUACGGUUCAAGAAGGCCCAUGUGACCCACCCGGAGCUGAAGGCCACGUUCUGUCUGCCUAUUCUGGGGGUGAAGAAGAACCCUUCAUCACCCCUUUACACCACUCUGGGGGUCAUCACCAAGGGAACUGUGGUAGAGGUCAACGUCAGCGAGCUGGGCCUGGUCACGCAGGGGGGAAAGGUCAUCUGGGGUGAGAUAUCUCCUAUCCUCUCACGUAUUUUGAUAUUAAACUGGAUCAGUAUGGGACAGUUUCCCGGACACAGAUUAAGCCUAGUCCUAGACUAAAAAGCACUUUCCAUGGAGAUUCUCCAUUAAACAUGUUUCUUAGUACACUACUAGGUUUAAUCUGUGUCUGGGAAACCGGCCAUAUAUAUAUUAUUAAUAUCAUUUUUUAACCAGGAAAAUACCCUUGAGUUUAGAAACCCAUUUUGCGAGGGGGACCUGUGGCUGCAUAGCUGCCAGAAUUGUGGGGAUUUUGUUACUGUGUUGAUUUGUUGUAAUUGCUAUAGCGAGAGAUUUAUUAAAGGGUAUUAAGGCAUGUAAAGCCACUUAUAAUGUAAGUGAAGAAUGGUGAGUCAUGGUGUCAUGUUAGAUUUAUCUCAGGCCGUGUCUACACUUGACACUUGCAUGCGAAUUCUGCUAUCAGAAUACGAAGAUCGCAUUGAAAAGAUGGGUCUAGACACACAAAAGUCGCUUUGUGGUCCGAUUGUGUUUAGAUCUGGCUAACCACUUCAGAAGGUUGUCUGGGAUGCAUUGUGUGCGUAUUUCUCCUUAGUCUGGACCGAGAGGCACCUUUUCAUUAUAACUUUGUAGGAAGUACAUUCCUAGCAUGUGAGGAACGUGUUUGCUGGCCUCAUAAAAAUAUUUUUUGUUUGUCUAGAGUUAUGCUAACCCGUUUGCAAUCCAUUUAGCGUUGCUUGCUAGCUACAGAGGUUAGCUGGCUAGUUAGCUACAGUAGUUAGCCACUGCCGUCAGUUGUUGUUGUGUUAUCAUAUUUAGCCUAUUCCUCCGUUUUGUAGAAUGCAUACUGGCAUUUGAAUAUAGCGCGGGAAUAGGGAAUCCGGACACACUGUGGACAUGGUAGCCACAUUUAAAUGUAGGUGUAGAUGCAGGUGUAGAUGCAUGACUCUUUCAGAAUUCCAUGAACAGAACUCUAUGAUCAGAAUACUAAAGCUGCAUGAACUGCCAAGUCUAGACACGGCCUCACUCCGACAACUGCAUACUAGACUAGUCUGUCAGUGUUAGGCCGUGUCUAGACUUGGCAGUUCAUGCAGCUUUAGUAUUCUGAUCAUAGAGUUCUGUUCAUGGAAUUCUGAAAGAGUCAUGCAUCUACACCUAUAUUUAAAUGUGCCUACCAUGUCCACAGUGUGUCCGGAUUCCCUAUUCCCGCGCUAUAUUCAAAUGUCAGUAUGCAUUCUACAAAUGGUGGAAUACAUUUAAACACCUGCAUUUAAAUGUCUACCAAGUCCAGUGUUUUUAGUUUUUGUAAAAAUUAGCUAGCUGGCUAGAAUUUGAGGCCAGCAAACACGUUCCUCACACGCUAGGAACGUAUUUCCUCCAACGUUAUAAUGAAAAGUUGCCUCUCGGUCCCAAAACACACGUUUUCUGGAGACUUGUGGGAGGAGUGCUGAUGACAUCGCCCACUGUAUGCAUUUUCAGAAGCCUGAUUGCGUCCAGACUGAGGAGAAAUCCACACACAAUGCUUACCUGAUUACCUUCUGAAGUGGUCAGCUAGAUCUGAACACAAUCAGAACACAAAGCAACUUCUGUGCAUCUAGACCUGUCUUUUCAAUGCAAUAUUCGUAUUCUGAUAGCAGAAGUCACAUGUAAGUGUCAAGUGUAGACACGACCUUAUUCACCUUCUGUAGUGUAGUGAUUUAAAAUAUCUCAUUUAUUUAUCUUCUCUGCAGGUAAAUACGCCCAGGUGACGAAUAACCCAGAGAACGAUGGCUGUAUUAAUGCUGUACUGCUGGUGUAAAUCAAGAACUCUAUGGGACGGUUCCCCGGACACAGAUUAAGCCUAAUCCUGGACUAAAAAGCAUUUUCAAUGGAGAUUUUCCAUUGAACUUGCUUUAUAGUCCGGGACUAGGCUUAAUCUGUGUCCGAGAAACGACCCCAUCAAUACAGACUGUGCCUGUAACAUACAGCCAGAGCUAUGGCUGGCAUGGAAUAACGGACCAGAACAGGAACACUGAAACCUCUUGGGAUAAACCAUGUGUUCAGCCGUGUAGAAAAUCAUAAAAACACAGAAAAGAUUGGCUGCAGUAUUUUUGCAACAAGGUGUCUCGUAACUAAAUACUAAAACAUGCUCAAAGGAAUGUGUGACUAAAUAUAAGGGGUUGUUUUUUUGUCAUAAAUUUGUCAUAUCAAUUGUUUUUCUGAUUGUUUUUCUUUGUUGCAUCACAACAACAUUCAUAUUUGACUGUGCUCUGAGAAGUUUCCAGUUUUUUGGGGGGUGGUCCAAACUGAUCACAGAUUACUUGGAAGAGCAGUAAACUCGAAAAAGGAUGGUGUUAUUAACGUGAGAAAGGGAGAAUGUAACAUGAUAAAUGAUAGCCAUCCUAUACAGGUCCCCACCACAACUCCGACGGCAGGCCAACACAGUGGAGCCCCAGUUUGGGACGGAUAUGGUAGCUGCAGUGAUACUGAUGCUCAUCUGCUGGAGUACAUGUUAGGAGUCUUCUAUUGAUACACCUGUGUUGUAUUGUAUGUAGGGCUGUGUUACACUAAUAUACAGGGCAGCAGGUAGCCUAGCGGU